UCUCCAACGCCCCGGGCCUGCCUCUCUCGGAAGCACGUAAGUCUUACGUCAUUUCCUGUUAUUCUUCGCGCUGCCUCCUCCCUCAGGCGUGGCUUGGCUCGGGUCGGCUGUAGGGUGUACCUGCUUCCCCUGCCCUCAGCUGGUGGCCCAUCUCGGCGCUGGAGAGCGAUGCGGCCAAGCCGGCGGAUGCCCCCGACGCGCCCGAGGCUGCCAGCCCCGCCCAUUGGCCCAAGGAGAGCCUGGUUCUGUACCACUGGACCCAGUCCUUCAGCUCUCAGAAGGUGCGGUUGGUGAUCGCAGAGAAGGGCCUGGCCUGUGAGGAGCGAGAUGUGAGCCUGCCGCAGAGCGAGCACAAGGAGCCCUGGUUCAUGCGGCUCAACCUGGGCGAGGAGGUGCCCGUCAUCAUCCAUGGCGACAACAUCAUCAGUGACUACGACCAGAUAAUCGACUACGUGGAGCGUACCUUCACUGGAGAGCACGUGAUGGCCCUGAUGCCCGAGGCAGGGAGCCCACAGCAUGCCCGGGUGCUGCAGUACCGCGAGCUGCUGGAUGCGCUGCCCAUGGAUGCCUACACGCACGGCUGCAUCCUGCACCCUGAGCUCACCACUGACUCCAUGAUCCCCAAGUACGCCACGGCCGAGAUCCGCAGACAUUUAGCCAACGCCACCACGGACCUCAUGAAACUAGACCAUGAAGAGGAGCCCCCACUCUCCGAGCCCUACCUUUCUAAACAGAAGAAACUCAUGGCCAAGAUCUUGGAGCAUGAUGAUGUGAGCUACCUGAAGAAGAUCCUUGGGGAGCUGGCCAUGGUGCUGGACCAGAUCGAGGCAGAGCUGGAGAAGAGGAAACUCGAGAAUGAGGGGCAGAAGUGCGAGCUGUGGCUGUGUGGCUGCGCCUUCACCCUUGCUGACGUCCUGCUGGGAGCCACCCUGCACCGCCUCAAGUUCCUGGGACUGUCCAAGAAAUACUGGGAAGAUGGCAGCCGGCCCAACCUGCAGUCCUUCUUUGAGAGGGUCCAGAGACGCUUUGCUUUCCGGAAAGUUCUCGGUGACAUCCACACCACCCUGCUGUCAGCCGUCAUCCCCAACGCCUUCCGGCUGGUCAAGCGGAAGCCCCCGUCAUUCUUUGGGGCAUCCUUUCUCAUGGGCUCCCUGGGCGGGAUGGGCUACUUUGCCUACUGGUACCUCAAGAAAAAAUACAUCUAAGAGCCAGGUCGGGCGUGGCGUCUGAC